AUGCUGUUUUCGGUAAUAAAACCCAUCUUUCAAUCCGCUGGUUUUUUGAUUUCCAUAUUUGCAAAUGCAUUGGUUAUAUUCCUAGUCAUCACAGAAUCUCCGCAAAAACUUGGGAAUUAUAGAUUUUUGGUGUGCUAUCUCUCAGUAAUUUCUACAAUAUAUGCAUUUUUAGAUUUUGUCGUAGCACCUUAUACUUAUAGUCAUGAAAACAGUGCUCUAGCAAUUAUGCAUCUGGAAGACACAGUUUUUGAGUCAAUUCCCUACUUCGCAUUUCUGUUGAUUGUUUCAAUGUGUGGGUGUUUUGGAGUAAACAUAACUGCCAUUGCCAUCAAUUUUAUAUACAGAUUUUUCGCACUUGAAAGAGAAGGUCGUCUCCGCUAUUUUGAUGGGAAGCGAUUGUUAAUUUGGAUUACUCUUUCAUUGAUUAAUGGAUUUAUCACUUCGAUGCUGUACUUGACAAUUGGCCCCCGAGACGAAAUUUCUGAUUACGUGAGAGAAAAUUUAAAACUUGACUAUCAGGUAGAUAUUGAUAAAUCAACAUAUGUUGGAUGGCUAUAUUGGAAAUUGGAAUUUGGAUCUAAAGUUUUGAAUAUGAGAGAUCUCGAAGUAUAUUUGGGUCUCAAUGCGUUAAUGAUGGUUCCUUUCUGUAUAAUUAUACUUUAUGGUUUCAAAAGUUAUUUGAAAAUCAAGGAUUUGAUAUCUCAUGGGGAAAGUGAAUAUUCUAAGAGACUUCAAUUACAGCUUUACAAAGCACUUGUAUCUCAAACUCUAAUUCCUGUUAUAUUUUUAUUUGCACCGACUGGUUUCCUUCUUACAUGCCCGUUAUUUGGAAUUGACAUAAAAUGGUCGAACGAACCAAUUACAAUAAUCUACUCAAUUUACCUUGCCGUUGACUCUAUGCCAAUCAUUUUUCUGGUCGAUGAGUACAGAAACGCGUUUCUAAAUUUCUUCCGAAAAAUCUUAUCAAAACCUCAAGUUGCAACAGUUCACUAUUCUACUUCAGUAGAAAUGUUCUGA